AUGGUGCUUCUCCCAGAUCAGCGAGCAUACGUAUGUGAUCGAUGCCAGAAAUCAUUCUCGCGAGCAGAUACUCUCCGAACGCAUCUCAGUUCCGUCCAUUUCAAACAACGAACCCACACCUGUGAGUAUUGUCAGGAAUCUUUUUCUCAAAAGGUUCACCUCAGCACCCACAUAAAGUCCGUCCAUUUGAAGCAACGGCCUUACACUUGCGAACACUGUACAGCAUGCUUCUCAAGAAGAAACAUCCUCCGAACUCAUGUUUCCACUGUUCAUCUGAAGCAACGCGUUCACACAUGUGACUACUGCGGGAAGUCGUUUCCCCUCAGUUCUCACCUGCUAGAACAUAUGGCCAUUCACCUGAAGGGUCAAAUCUACAGAUGCAACUACUGUGAUAAAUGCUUUUCUCAGAAGGGUAACAUGCGAUCACACGUUAAGGCGGUGCAUUUAAAUAUGCGGCCUCACACAUGCGAGCACUGUGGAAAAUCCUUUUCCAGAAUGAGCGUUCUCCGAGUCCACAUCGAUUGUGUUCAUUUGAAUCAACGCCACUACGUGUGUGAAUAUUGUGAUAAAAGGUUUUCUGAGAAGGGCAAUAUGAGAAAACACCUAAAAUCUGUCCAUUCGGAUAAAUCAACGGACGAAAAAGUACUGGUCCCAUGA